UCUGAACCAGUGGAGACUGUGGGCAAGUCCCUGCUCUUCAUCCUUGACUGCUGACUGAACACUCAGACCAGGGUUUGACGGCAGUGCAGUGCAAGGUUGUUCUCGUCCCUGCUGGUCGGGGUACGAGUAGGGAGCUGGUCUCACCUAGAUGUGUCUGGAACACUCCAGUAUAUUUAUUCUUUCAGUUACAUACAGAUUCAGGUGAGCCUGAUGGAAGUGUUGGAAGGAUACGGGGUAGAAAAAGGCCAAGUCCAGAGGGUUGAAGGUUAUGUGAAGGAGUUCACGCGUCACUCCAAUGAUGUGCUGCUGAACCUGAAUGAACUCCGGCACAGAAGCAUCCUGACUGACACCACCCUGGUUGUCGGAAAUGUGUAUCUGCGGGCGCACUGUGCUGUGCUCGUGGCCUGCAGUGGGUUUUUCUACUCUCUGUACUCCCGUCGAGUGUUGCUUCAGGGGCGUGGUGGCAGCGGGGAGCAGCUUAUGACUGUGUCUCUCCCAAACACCUUGGAUCCGUCCUGUGUCUCCCUGCUGCUUGACUUCAUGUACACCUCCCGCCUCCCUCUGACUCCAAGUAUAGUCUCCGGAGUGCUGGCUGUCGCUGCCUACCUGCAGAUGGACCACGUGGCCGACACCUGCCGGGAUUUCAUGCAGCUGCACUGCACAGAGAAUUUAGGUGGUACAUGCCCCCAGUUGGAGCUGGACUCUAGGGUAUGUGUAGCCUCUGUAACCCCUAAAAGAGGUGAAGUGCCUCAUUCGGAAUCCCAGUGGUCACUCCCAACAGCCAGAGAAACAACGUUGCCUGUUGUCCCACAAGGCUAUCUCAAGCCAGGGGCUUUCCCAACCUGCCAUCUGAGGUCAGAUGAGCUGAAAGAAGAUCCAGAUUCACCACUUCUGGGCAUCCCAACUUUAUCCCCAAACAGCCCUGCCUUCUCCAGCUGCCAACCAAACUCUCCUGCGGAGUCCAACACAUGCAGUAAAAACCUUGUGAUUGAUUCCAAAGCCACACCUGAUCCAAAGGCCUGCAACUGGAAGAAGUACAAGUAUAUUGUACUAAAUCCUCUCUGUGCCGCUGCACCAGUAAAAGAGGAGACAGAGGAGCUACCUGCUACUAACAAGAUGGAUCUGACACCAAAGCAACCAGCAGAGGCGUGGUCUGGAGAAGUGCCUGGUCAGAUUGAUAGACAGGGGCAGGCCUCCUGCUACGAGGGUUCUGGCCGAGCCCCUCCCCUCGGGCCACCUCCCUCUGUGGAUCCCCCAGCUGUUUCUCCCCCUUACAAAGAAGGAACAGUCUCACCGGGCACCAUUUUUGCAAAACUGCAUCCUUCUGAUCCAGAAGCUUCUCAUCUCAACCAAACUCCUAUCAAACAUGAGAAUCGCUGUGUGCCCUACUGUUAUUCUGGCAAUCUGCAAGGAACCAAGUCCAUCUCCUCAGGAGACAAGCCGUACCGUUGCAAUGUGUGUGGAGCUCAGUUCAACCGACCAGCUAACCUGAAAACUCACUCACGCAUUCAUUCUGGAGAGAAGCCUUACCGCUGUGACACCUGCGGGGCACGAUUCGUUCAGGUUGCCCACCUUAGGGCCCACGUCUUGAUUCAUACAGGAGAGAAACCCUACCCCUGCCACACCUGUGGCACCCGGUUUCGCCAUCUGCAGACCCUGAAAAGCCACCUGCGGAUCCACACUGGAGAGAAACCUUAUUCUUGUGAGAAAUGUGACCUUCACUUCCGACACAAGAGCCAGCUGCGUCUGCACCUGCGGCAGAAACAUGGAGCUGUCACCAACACCAAGAUCCGCUACAAGGUGGUGACAGAGCCUUUCCAGCCUUUUCUGCAGGCCUGCUAAAGAGGGGAACCACUGCAUCAUUCACAAUAACCAACAUGAUGAGCAUAGUCUCAUAUGAGCUACUUAAUUCUGUCUGAAAAUGUGAAAUUUGCUGAAUGAAUUAUGCAUUUUUUGAUUGAUGAUUAUCUGUAACUAGCUGGGCUGAAUUGGGCAUAACAUAAAGAGAAAAAUAAUUACAUUGGGGGGAAAAAAAACAACACAUUUACACAUUUAGCAUCAUUUGUUGGAUGUGCUUUGGAAUGAUAUCAUAUCAGGUGGGUUUUCCUAAAUGGAGAGGUUAGAAAAAGGAUUUAAGCAAGUAUUGUUGAAGGUUUGCGAUGAGAUCUAACGAUGGGAAAAGUAAAUGGAACAAUGUGUACAAUGGAGAGGAAAGAAAUGUGUGCAUGUAAAUGGUUGGAAAGAAGGAUGAAGGAAGUGUAAUAGGAAGGCAGUGAAUUAUGUCAAAUCUGUAAUGAAUCUAAAUGGAGCAUAGGUUUUAAAUAUGCUGCAACACUUUGUUGUGUUUUUCUCUUAAAUGUGUAUCUAACUCUGGUUGACCUUAUGGCCAGGGGCCACACUUAUGAAUGCAGCAAUAUGAGCUCUUACAGUCCAAGCAGGCAAAGGACUUAGUUCUCUUGUUCUGAAUAUAAAGUGUAAAAAUAAAAUAAUAUGUUGUUUAUGACAAAGGCAUUUCAAGAAGAUAAUUUAGAGCAACUGAAUGGUUAAUUAUAAUAUAAAAUUCGUAUUUGUAUAAGUUCAUUUGCAGGACAAAAUGAAAUUAAAUAAUUUUUAUAUCAUUUGGA